UCACAUGAGAAGAGUCCUCUCACUUGCCCUCCCAUCAAGCAAGACCGCCACAGACAUACUCAAUCCUGACAACCAUGUCACCUCCAAGCAAUACAGACUUGAAAAAGAAGAAUAAGGAUCAUCAUUACACAGACGUGCACGGCCUGCCAUGCAUUGAGAAGAUCGUGGCCUCUGUGGAUGAGACCCCAGAGGCCAUCAGCACUAAGAUCAGUGGAACUAUCCCAGAGUGGAUUAGUGGCAAUUUCCUCAGAAACGGACCAGGAAAGUUUGAGAUUGGUAAUAAUAAAUUCAACCACUGGUUUGACGGAAUGGCCCUCCUGCAUCAGUUCAAAAUCGCAGGGGGUCAGGUGACCUACAAGAGCCGCUUCCUGGGCAGUGACUGCUACACGGCUAACAGUGAGAACAGCCGUAUUGUUGUGUCUGAAUUCGGGACUGUGGCCAUGCCAGACCCCUGCAAGAACUUCUUCCAGCGCUUUCUGUCCCGGUUCGAACUGCCAAAAGCAUCAGAUAAUGACAAUGUGAGCUUUGUGACGUACAAAGGUGAUUACUACGUGAGCACGGAGACAAACUUCAUGCACAAGGUGGACCCUGAGACACUUGAAACAAAGGAAAAGGUGGACUGGAGCAAAUUCAUCGCUGUCAAUGGAGCCACUGCCCACCCCCACACAGACCCUGAUGGUACAACAUACAACAUGGGGAAUUCUUACUCUGCGAAAGGUGCAAUUUACAAUAUAAUCCGCGUGCCUCCGACAAAGACAACGCCAGAAAACCCAGAGGAAACCCUGGAGGGAGCUACUGUGGUCUGUUCUAUUCCCUCCGUGGACAAGGCAAGACCUUCAUACUACCACAGCUUCGCAAUGUCGGAGAAUUACGUGGUGUUUAUUGAGCAGCCUAUCAAAAUGGACCUCUUGAAGAUUGUGACAGGCAAGCUGAGAGGAAAGGGUAUCAGCGAUGGGGUCUACUGGGACCCUAAACUUGAGACCAUCUUUCAUUUGAUUAACAAGCAAACAGGCAAGCUCUACUCAGUCAAGUAUCACGCCAAAGCCCUGUCCACGUUCCACCAGAUCAAUGCCUGGGAGGAGGAUGGCUUCCUUGUUAUGGACCUCUGUGCCGCAGACGAUGGCAAAGCCAUCAACAACUACAUGGUUCAGAACAUGCGCAAGUCAGGAGAGGCUCUCGACGAGGUGUACAACACUAUGUGCAGAGUGUUCCCCCGGCGAUUUGUCUUGCCUCUCAACGUCAACAUGGAGACACCCUGUGGGCAAAAUCUGAACACACGCCUGGACAGUACCGCCACUGCCACCAAGACUGCUAAGGGCAAGGUGUUUUGUACACAUGAAGAUCUGCACGAUGAGGAACUCCAUAAGUACGGAGGUCUCGAGUUCCCACAAAUCAACUAUGCCAAGUACAACACCAAACCAUAUCGCUACUUCUACGGUUGCGGUUUCAGACAUCUAGUAGGAGACACUCUCAUCAAGAUGGACCUCCAAGGCAAAAGAAUGAAGGUGUGGGAGCAUCCUGGACUGUACCCUUCAGAGCCUGUCUUUGUACCCUUGCCUGGUGCUACAGAAGAGGAUGAAGGUGUCAUUAUGUCUGUGGUCAUCACUCCAAAUAAGGACAAAAGCACUUUCCUGUUGGUUUUGGAUGCCAAGACAUUCAAAGAGUUGGGCAGAGCUGAGGUGCCUGUGAACAUUCCCUAUGGUUUCCAUGGGACAUUCAACUCCACUAUGACUCAUAAAAGGCUUCUAUCAGAAAAACAUUAGGAGGCCCAUCAGAGUAACAACACAAAGGUGUGACUCCAAGUUUCUGGCCUCCAUCAGUAUGUCUUCCAACUCCCUAACUUGUGAGGCAUCUAUUGCAGCCCUCUCACUGUAGGAAACAAAGGCACUACGUAGGAUGGACAUGACAGUGUGUACAGAUUAUUUCAAGAGAAGCAUAUUCACCUAAUGCUUGUUUAUCAUAAUAAAAAACAGUGUGUGUGUGCAGUAUGCUUGCCUGGGUCCUUAAUGUAAUAUGUGAUGUGGAUUAAGUACUGACAUUUAAACUCCAAAAUGUGUUCUG